UCGCGCUCCAUUCGGUUCACGGGCAGCUAAUAUCGGCUGGAGUGGGCACUACUAAGUACAACUACUAGCGUUGCGGUCGCUAGUCUCGCCUGUCAACCUCGUGCGACUCCUCCUCGUCCUCCUCACUCCCAACUCUUGUGAAGCGUACACCUUUUCUCUUCGUCACCAAAGACCGAGGUGCUAUUUCAGGUUCAAGUUGCUGAUAUCAGCUCCACAGGUCUUACAGCCUGAUAUCACUCCUGGCUGUAUUUUCUUCUCCCUUCUGGCCAUCUGCCGCUCUGUACCGACGACUUUGUUUUUGCUAUAUCCGCUCAUUAUUUGUCUCGCCGUCUUUUCACCAUGGCAGCUCAACGGGAGUAUGACAUUGUCCUCCUAGGUGCGACGGGCUACACCGGCAAGUUGACGGCGGAAUAUAUCACGACCAGCUUACCCACAAACAUCCGAUGGGCCGUUGCAGGGCGUAAUCAGUCCAAGCUACAGUCGCUAGUCAAUGAGCUGAAGUCACUCAAUUCGACGCGCGACGUCCCGGACAUCAUCACUAUCGGCGGUCUCAACACCUCUGAAUUGAGUGACCUGGUCAAGAAGACCAAAGUACUUCUCAACACGGUUGGCCCUUACUACCUGUACUCGACGCCAGUGGUCGAGGCGUGUGCCCAAUUGGGGACGCACUACGUGGACGUCUCAGGCGAGACGCCUUGGGUGAGAGAGAUCAUUGUCAAGUACGAGGAGACGGCCAAGAAGUCCGGUGCCAUCCUGAUCCCUGAGACUGGCGUCGAGUCUGCCCCUUCCGACAUCGUUGCCUAUGUGGCCACGCGUCUUGUCCGCAAAGUCUGGGAUUGUGGCGUCAUGGAUGUGGUGGCUUCGGUGCACGAACUCAAGUCUUCCGGUCCCAGCGGAGGGACACUUGCCAGCGGAUUGGGGCUCUUCGAACACUAUCCCCUGAGCGAAGUCAAGAAAUGCAGCGAUCCAUUCGUGCUUUCGCCGUCAAAACUCCACCCUUACACCAAAGAGACCAUCUAUCCUCCCAACCCUGUGCCAAACACCUACUCGCGUACUGCGUUGCAGAAACUCACGGGCGUCUGGUCGUAUCCUCGCCUUGGGACGUUGACCACUUCCCUCGCCUCCACAGCCAAUGCAGCCAUCGUCCACCGUUCCGCCGGCUUAACCCCCUACUUUUACGGAUUCAACUUCACCUACGAGGAAUAUAUGGCCGUAAGCAGUCCGGUGGUCGGAUUCUUCAUUCACAUUGCAAUCAGCCUUCUGGCUAUAUUGCUCGCUUUCCCACCAACUCGCGCCAUAUUGAAACUGUUUGCGGCUUACAAGCCUGGGUCUGGUCCGGCCAAGGAGUCAACAAAGAACGACGCGCUGGAACUGCGCGCCAUCGCGACCGCCGAACAGCUCGCCAAAACCCCGCGCAAGGCCCUCGCCACUUUCCGCUUCGAAGGCGGUCUGUAUCACCUCACCGCCGUCCUCUUGGCCGAGGCUGGCUUCAUCCUGGCCACCAAGGAAGAGGAAAUCAAGAAAGCGCACGGCGUCGGGUUUUUGACUCCCUCAUGCCUGGGCGAUGACUAUGUCGAGAGACUGCAGAAAGCAAACGUCAAGAUCAAUGUUCAGCAAAUCGGCGAUGUUGGCAGCAAGUAGGCGCUCUCCGGGGGCUGUCGUGUGACUCUUUUACGGAUCGUGUUAUAGCAUUGGAUAGGUAUGGCGGCAUUGAAUUGAGUCACGGAUAUGAAAAUUUGAUGGCCGAUACUUCCAGACAGCCGCUCUAGCAGCGAGUACGAGUCACCGAGGAGAGGAGUUCAAGUUCGGGAACAGCCGGGAAUGUUAGAACAGCAGUGACGUAGAAGCUGACACGGAGAUGUUCCCCAGGCUAUUGGUCUGGAUUUAGUUCAGAUGUGUUUUUCUAUACACCGCUACAAUUGUGAUUAGAAAAUGAUGAUUGGCUUCAAGUUGCUGGACCAGAACUGAAUGGUACCCGUGGGACGUCCCUGCAGCUAUAGGUACUUUGCUGGUAUGUGAAAGCUUGCCCAUCAAGCAUCGCUCGAGUCCUAUGCUGUAGCCGCAGCGAAGGAAAGAGCACACUGUAAACAACCAUCGCCGUGAGAAACUGAAAGUAAACCAAACAUUGUUUGC